AAAAUAAAUAAAUAAAAACUAAACUAAACAAACAUGCCGUCUGCGUGCACCACGUCGAUGUCGCGGGCCAGUAGACCACGUCACCGCGUCAUAACGAGAAGCAGUGCGGCCCUGAUUGGUUUGCUUAUCUUGGGCUUGUGCGAAGUUGGAACUGUUCUCGUCGCCAAAGAGAGUGCUGCCGCCGUCCACAAUGGACGCAGGCAACUGUCAGACAAGGCGCAGCAAGAGACGUGGCACCAGGAAAAGGAUCGUUUGCGUACCGUCCGUCGCAGUCAGGCCGGAUGGGUUCAAGCGGCCGAACUGGAGCAUGCGACCGCUUUACGAGAUUCAUCGGCUUUGUCUUCAUCGUCGGCAACGUGGAUCGAAUCUUUCCUCCGUCACCAACGGGAUCCGGUGAUUUCGAACCGGGCGGAAGAACCGUCAUCGGCGGAUGCGGCCAUGGACGCCGUCCCACCUGCGUAUUGGCGCGAGUUGGAUGCAGCCGCAGACGAGGCGGAUAGCAGGAGCGGCGUACAGCAACUCAACUGGCACGAAGCACAACUCGCCCGUCUGCACGGAUUGGGGCCAGCCGAAAUCGCCGCUCUCUCUUCGUGGCAGCACAAGUUGAGGCUUCAUUCUCUGCCUAAUCGGCUGACGGCCACCACUGGCUGGCACUAUCAGCCGCCAUCUUUUCUGCCCAAGAACAUGCAGCCGCUCUACGGCGGGCCGAAAUCUUCGCUGCACAGCCAACAGGUUCUAACGAGCGUCGACGAUGCUGACGCUGUCCUAGCCAACACACCUGCCAACAGCCAUCCGUUUGCCCAUCAAUUUGUCCAUCAGGCCAAUCAAUCGAAAGCCGAGGCCAGUGAGAAUCUACUUCUACUGCCCCUGUGGCCUAAACGAUCGUCGUCUGACGCCAAGAAAUCAGACAGGGAGAGCAACAAGAAUCGCAACGCAGCCAACCGCAAAGAGAAAAUGGAAGCCGGCAUUGGCAAUGUGGCACCGGCCAGCGGUAAGGGAAGCAAAACCAAAGGCUCUCGAAAGCAGCAACAGCAGCAACAACAGCAGCAGCAACACGUUCAAGAAUCGCCCCAUCGUCCGAUGUCGGGCGGUGCGGUUGGGGGCGCCGGCGGAGCCAUCCAGCACGAGCACAGCGUCCGGCCUUCGGCAGCUUCGUCGUCGACACCUGAUGUCAAUCGGAUGAACCGUAACUUGGCUACCCAGUUCCUGUUGCGUUCGCCUAGAGAGAACCGCCAGUACGACGUUCCAAUAAUCGAGUGUCCACCGGCCGAGGACGGAAUGGAGCGCUUCGCGUGUCCAACGCCCGACAUUGUUGGUCGCUACCGAUGUAUCGACGAUCACGUCCUUUGUGAUGGUUUCAUCGACUGCCCUGGCGGUGAAGAUGAAGAUGGUCAGGCCUGCAUGUUCUACAAAACGAUGAAAGCACAUUUGGAUCUCGUCGCCGAUGCCCUCUUACGAUGGGUAAGGGGUCGUUAAAUCGUCAUAGUACGACCGUCGCUGUUUCUCCUGGAAUCAAUUGAGUUGACCGUUGCACCAUUUGACUUUUCUUCUUCUCUACUUUAACUGAACACAUAAAAAAACAAAAAGAAACAAAACUAUAUCUCUUCAUUAAACGAAAAAGAUAUUAUAAUAUUCUAUAUGUACAAAACAAAAAGAAAAAUCAGAAAUGUGUUUAGGAGACUUCUAUCAUUCCCUCAUAUGUCAUAUCUCUUGACUCCUCGCGUUAUGAAUCCACACAUCUAAACAUUCCAAAAACAACAACAACAAUAAGUAAACAUAGAUUUCCAUCAUGUUAAAAAAAAAAAACCAAAGAAAAACACGGCACUGCAUAAUGAAGACAGGACCUGGACAAGGAGUGAAGAUGCAUGGAAAGCAAACGCCAAAUGAAGUGCGACUCAGGGAAUGAACAAAAACCCAUGGCCAAUUCACGAUAUGUAAAACUCAAGUAGAUAGGUACCGGUAUAGUAAAAAAAAAAUAAAUAAAUAAUAAUAAAUAAUCUUGGCGGAUUUAAAUGUAGGUCAUCAAGAGGGAAUGAAAAGUUGAAUCAACAAACAAAGCGUUUUGCGUAGGCCUUGUUUAACCAGCCGUUUCUAUUCCAAGCGUUAUUUUUUGCAAGCAGGGCAAAGACCAGAAUAUUCGUAGACACUUAAAGGUUCGACAUCCCUUCCUCGCGGAAAACGGGCGCUGGGGUUAUGACCUUUCCACAGUUUCACGACGUCCUUCUUCCAAUAUUUUAUUCUGUAA